AAAAUAAAAAAUAUUAACACCGACUGGCACAACAAAAAUACACAAAACACUGUUCACUUCAUACUUUCACCUUCUCUUUUCUGCUGCUUCUACACUACCCGACGACUGUCCGAGCUGGCAAGAUUCCCUCCUUGUACUCUUUCUUUCCCCUUUUCUCCUCCGUUUUCUCGAGAAACAAACACCAUACCCUUCUCAUGUUUUCUUCUUUUUCUCUUUCUUUCCUCUCUUUUCUCUGAAUUUUCUUUCUUUCUUCUUUCUUCUGCCUUGCUCAUGUUUUCUUCUUCUUGGCCUUAUUGUUUGGUGUUGAUGUAAUAGGUUUUUUUUUUUGAUAAGAGCGUUCAAAUGGGUUGUACGAAUUCGAAGCUCGACGAUCUGCCCGCGGUGGCUUUGUGUCGAGAGCGUUGUGGGUUUCUAGAUGAGGCGAUACGGCAGCGUUUUCUGUUGGCGGAAACGCAUGUUCAGUAUGUUCACUCGUUGAAACAGAUGGGUUAUUCUUUGCAUCGUUUUAUCAAUCAAGAUGGUGGUGGUGGUGGCCGUGGUGGAGAUUCCCCGCAGCUGAAUUUGCCUCCGGGGAAGAAAGGUGGAGAUGCUGUUGGAAUUACCGUUAGGGAAACAUUGUUGUCUUCGGCUAAAGGUGGAGUGGCCCAUCAUUCUCGCUCUAAUUCUGGGGAUGGUCACAUUAAGUUUCAUUCGGAUCCGGAUGAUGACGAUGACGAGGCGAGUUCGAUUGCGGGUUCGGGUCACUCUUCGCCUUUACAUGAUGACCAUGAACUUGAUCAUCAUGAUGGGUUUGGGCAUGUGGAUUAUGGGAAUUCUUAUCCUAUAAUGAUAAAUCCAGAUCACGGAAUCCUAGGCGGAUUUUCACAAGGUGGAUUUACACAGAUGAAUUAUAUGAAAAAUCAGCCAAGACCAUCAAUUGUUUAUGAACAAAAGCCAUAUAGUUCAGAGGCUAUUCAGCAUCAUUAUGUUGGUGAAUCUUCUUCCGCAUCAACUUCAUAUAAUCCUCCUUAUUCUUAUUUGUAUUCCGAUAAUUUUAGUUAUAGUGAUUACCCACCGAAUUAUGGUUAUGGUGGUCCGGGUCCUGUUGCUACUGGUGGUUAUAAUGUUUUAGCACCGCAGAGGGCGGAGGCUGCGGCUUCGUCUUCGUCUUCAAAACCUCCUCCUUCCCCGCCACGGUCUUCGCCAUGGGAUUUCUUGAACUUUUUUGAGAGUUAUGAUAAGGACUACGCACCUUAUAUUGCAAGUAGAGAUUCGAAGGAGCUGAGAGAAGAAGAAGGGAUUCCUGAUUUGGAAGAGGAGGAUUAUCCUCAUGAGUUGAAGAAAGUACAUGUGGAGGAGAAGUUUGUUGAUGGUAAUGGCAGCGGCAGCAGUGAUGGAGGAGUUGGAGGCGGUGGUGAGGAUAUUGGUGGUGGUGAUGUGGAGCCGUCUUUGUAUCAGAGCAGGGCUAAUGCGGAUAAUGAAGGUUUGGAGUAUGAGGUGCAUGUGGUGGAUAAGAAAGUUGUGGAUGAAGAGAGGAAUGAAGAGCGUAGCACUGCAACUAGAGUUGGACCACGAGAUGUUUUUGAGGUAGCAAGAGAACUUGAGGCUCAAUUUGUGAGAGCCUCUGAGUGUGGGAAUGAAAUUGCUACGAUGCUUGAGGUGGGAAAGCUUCCCUACCAGCGAAAACAUGUUUCCAAGAUGUUGCAUGUUGUUACACCUUCAUUGUCUGUGGUAUCCUCACAACUAUCUACAUCUAAAAGUGUGGAAUCAUCAUCCUCUGCGGACCAAGCUGGCCCUGCUUUCCUGGAUAUUGAUGAAGAUUUGAGGACAAGAAAUCUUUCUUCGACCUUGCACAAGCUGUAUCUUUGGGAGAAGAAACUCUAUCGUGAAGUUAAGCAUGAAGAAAAGAUGCGAGUGAUCCAUGACAUGAAGGUCCGUAAGCUGAAGCACUUGGAUGAAAGGGGUGCUGAGGCUCACAAAGUGGAUUCAACUCGAACUUUAAUUAGGGGUUUGUCUGUGAAAAUAGGAAUGGCAAUUCAGGUUGUUGACAAGAUCUCUGUGACAAUUAACAAGAUUAGGGAUGAAGAGUUGUGGCCUCAACUAAAUGAAUUAAUUCAAAGGUUAACCAGAAUGUGGAAAAGUAUGUUGGAAUGCCAUCAUAAUCAGUGUCAAGCAAUUAGAGAAACCAGAGGCUUAGGUCCUAUUGGAUCUGGUGAGAAACUUGGUGAUGCUCAUCUGGAUGCGACAUCACGGCUUGAACAUGAGGUUCUUAAUUGGAUUUUUAGAUUCUCUAGUUGGAUUGGUGCACAAAAGGGUUAUGUCAGAGCCUUGAAUAGUUGGCUUAUGAAGUGUCUUCUGUAUGAACCUGAGGAAACAGCUGAUGGAAUAGUUCCCUUCUCGCCUGGUAGGAUUGGUGCACCUCCUAUUUUUGUAAUUUGUAAUCAGUGGUCACAGGCUUUGGACAGAAUAUCUGAGAAGGAGGUGAUUGAUUCCAUGCGUGUUCUUGCUAUGAGUUUGCUCCAACUUUGGGAACAUGAUAAACUAGAACUGCGCCAAAAGAUGGGGGCGAAUAGGGAUUAUGAGAGAAAAGUUAGGAACUUGGAUAGGGAGGGGCAAAAGCUACAGAAGGAGAUUCAGGCAUUGGACAAGAAAAUUGUUCUGGUUUCUGGGGAUGGUAACAAUCAAUUGGGAAAUACUGUAUCUCAGAGUGAUACUAGUAUUACUAGUCUUCAGGGUAGUCUGCAAAGCAUUUUUGAGGCCAUGGAGAGAUUCACAGCUGAAUCUGUGAAGGCUUAUGAAGAGCUCUUGCAGCGUAUUGAAGAAGAAUUACAUGCUCGACAGAAUGAAAGAGUUUCAUAGCACUGUUAAUUGAGACGGAAUUAUGUCAUCUCUCAAGUAUUGCUGAUCCGGUUGCCAUCUGCAGCUUGUAGUCCAAUCAUAAUCUUAUAUGGAGCUCGGGAUCUUUGAAGGAUUUCUGAUCAUGGAGUUUACAGGUUAAUUUAGUUUUUGCCAUAUCCCUCUUAACUCCGUUUGCUUUGGCACCUAUAUGGAUUCUUUGACUGGUUUAAGACUCAUCUCUUCAGUAGACGAAUGUAUGAUGAUGAUAAAUAUCAGCACUCAGCGUAGCUCUGAAACAUACUGGUGGCAUGAAUUUUGGAAGGAUUGAGUCCCCCAUGUUUAGAAGAUAUGUGCUGAUUGAGCACUCAUAGAUCUGAUUCAUUUGGAGUCGAUCAAUGCAUAUGCAGGUGAAAAGGGGGAUGAACCUGCUAAUUUGAAACCAAAUGAAGUCACUUCCAUCUUAGAGAACUAAACACUGUUGCCGAUGCUGGACAACAAGAGGGGCAUUGUCAGCCAUCUGCUGUAUAUCCAAGUGUUGUACUGAUAGCCAUUGAUGCCUGAAAAUAACCCAUUGAGGUUCUCCACCCGUGUGCAGUGUAAUUGAUGCCCCUGCAAAUUAUCACAGCUGAGGUGAAUGCAUCCCGGCCAAACAAUCCAAGUGAGCAAAUCUCAGUUUUGUAUUAAGAUAAGUUGGAAUUUAGGCUUAUGGAAGUUACGGAGGUCAUGUAAAUCCUUAUAAAUCAAAUAUUGUAGAAUAAGAUAAAUUCUUUCUUUCUUUUAAA